AUGGCGGGGGGGGGUGCGGGGCUGGCCAAGCGCCUGGGGACCCUCCUUUCGGGGCUGCUGGAGUGCGGCGCCUUCUGCGGCAUCAUCUUCGGCUGGGCCUCCCUCGUCUUCGUCCUCAAGGAGCUGGGCUACUUCCAGGACCUGUGCGAGGCCACCACCACCACCACCCUCGCGCCCAACUGGACCCUGCUGCCCAACUGCAGCCGGCAGGACGAGCAGUUCUCCCUGGUCUUCACCAUCGGCUCCUUCAUGAACAACUUCAUGAUCUUCCCCAUGGGCUUCAUCUUCGACCGCUUCGGCACCGCCGUCGCCCGCCUCAUCGCCAUCUCCCUCUACACCGGCGGGACCCUGCUCGUCGCCUUCUCCACCCCAGAGCUGUCGGUGCUGCUCUUCCCGGCCAUGUCCAUGCUGUCGGUGGGUGGCAUCCUCCUCAUCCUCACCAACAUGCAGGUGGGCAACCUCUUUGGGAAGUACCGCUCCAUCAUCAUCACCCUCUACAACGGGGCCUUCGACUCCUCGUCCGCCAUCUUCCUCAUCAUCAAGGUGCUGUACGAGCACGGGCUGUCCCUGCGGGCCAUGUUUCUCUUCAUGGCGGCCUGCAGCACCUGGCACCUGCUGCGCACCCUCUUCCUCAUGCCCUGCACCCGCAUCCCCUACCCGCUGCCCCCCGCCUACAACUACGGGUGGCAGCGGUGGGAGGGACCGGGGCGGCGGUGGGUGGGCCUGGGGGCGUGGCACGGGGGUGUGGCUCGGUGCGGCGGUGGGCAGGGCCUCAGGGCGUGUCCGGGCGUGUCCCUGGGCGUGUCCCCAGCCCUGUCCCCGGGCGCAGGCGGCGGGGACCCCCCCGGGAUGUCCUUCAGGGCCUGCGUCUGCUCGCGGGUCUUCGCCUGGCACGUGGCCUGGCUCUCCGUCAUGCAGCUGCGGCACUACCUCUUCAUCGGCACCCUCAACCCCCUGCUCAGCCACCUGGCCCACGGGGACGCCCGCCUGGUGAGCACCUACACCAACGCCUUCGCCUUCACCCAGCUCUGCGGGGUGCUCUGCGCCCCGUGGAACGGCCUCAUCCUCGACCGACACAAGCGGGGCAAGAACCCCCGCCCUGAGGGAGCCCUGGGGAUGCUGGCUGACCUGCAGGCCUCCGUGCUGUCGCUGGUGGUGACGGUGACGCAGUGCGUGCUCUUCUCCGUCUGCGCGGCGGUGCCCGUGCUGCCCGUCCAGUUCGCCACCUUCGUGCUGCAGGUGCUGAGCCGCUCCUUCCUCUACGGGGGCAACGCCGCCUUCCUGGCCAUCGCGGGAGUCCUGCGCCCCGAGGCGGAGGAGGCGGCGCUGGAGGUGCCGGAGGAGGACACCCGGUGCCCGCUGGAGAGCGAGGCGCAGACAUUCAGCAUCCACGACCCACUGAGUGCCACCACCUACCGCUACGCUGUCGUCACCCGCUGCCAGACCUUCCGCAAGGCCCAGCGUACCUGCUCCCGGUGCUACCACGGGCGCCUGGCCUCCAUCCACAGCUACCGCGUCAACGUCCUCCUGAAGCGCAGGGCGCGGCUCUGCACCAACCGCACCGAGGUCUGGAUCGGGGCCGUCACCCGGACUGUGGGAGCAGCACCCACCCAGCCCCCCCAGACGGAGAUGUGGGAGCUGCAGGGACCCAGGGCCGUGGGGUGGGACCCCCGGCCAGGCGGCACCUGCUGA